AUGGAAAGAGUAAGACGUGUUGAUAUAAAUGAGGAGAAUGUGGGGAACAAGAUUUUUCACAUAAUGCUUAAUAUAAAAUUAAUUAUGGCGUAUUGCGUAAAUAAAUUGAUCAAAAUGAAUAAUUGUCAUAUUAAAUUUCAUCAUAUUGAUGUGGUAUAUUAAUUGACAUUGAGUUUAAUUUGCAGUAAAAUAAAAAAGAUAUUUAUGUUAACCCAAACAAUCAGCCGUGCCUUCAGUCAAGUUGUCUUAAAAGCCAACAAGAAUCAAGCAAGAGAGUUGGGAGAGUACGCCAUAGAAUUCAUGAAAAAUGGUAAUCCAAGUAAGAAAGUCCUUGAGAGAUGCAGACUCUUCCACACAGAUUCAGUUUUCUGUGGUGUGAGUGCUUUGGCUUUGAAGACAAAUGCCCCAACUAUUUUAGCUUAAGAAAGCCAAAAUAAUUGGCAGCCAAGACUGGAGCAGCCACAAAAACCAAAGCCUGGAUUUGCCAAAGUUUUCGGAAGCAACUUAUGGGUGCCAGCCACAAAUGCAAUCGUAGCCAACUCCGCUGCUGUCAGAGAAUGGGAUUCCAAUGGCACAGUGUUUGGAUAUGAUGCUAGUAGUCCAGCAAGAAGAGCAGGUGAAUUUGGUCACAAUGAUUACUACCCAGUAGUUAUUGCUGCAGCUCAACAAAACGAAACCAUUGAUGGAAAGACAGCACUUAAGGCUAUGGUAUUGAGUGAUGAAAUCAGAGGAAGAUUAGCUGAAGUAUUUUCAUUGAAAACAUACAAAAUUGAUCACGUUGUUCAUGGAGCUAUUGCAUCAAUCUGCACAUAUGGAGCAUUGUUGGGAGCUACUCCAGCUUAAAUUGAAUCAGCCAUUGGUAUGUUUGUUGCUCAUUACAUCCCAUUCAGAGCCAUCAGAGCAGGACAUCAAUUAUCAGAUUCUAAGGGUGCAUCUGCUGCCAUUUCUACUGAAGCAGCCAUUAAAUGUUUGUAGAGAUCAAUGAAUGGAUUUGUUGGUCCAGCUGAUAUCUUCCGUAACCCAGAAGCUAUUUUCAGAUUGUUCUAAAAGACCAAGGGAGAUAGUCCAUUUGAUAUUACUCUCUCAUUGAGUGGAGAUGAUUAUGCAGUGAUGGGAAUGCAUUUCAAAUUAGGUUUGUAUGAACAUCAAUCUGCUGGUGCUUUGGAAGGAUUGUAAAAGCUUAUUUUGGAUACCAAAUUCGUUCAAAACUAUUCAAUUGAUUCCAUUGAAAAAAUUAAAGUCACUGCUUAUGAACCAGCAUUCGGAAUUAUUGGAGAUCCAGCUAAAAGAGAUCCUCACACAAGACAAUCUGCUGAUCACUCCAUGGUUUACAUCUUGGGUACUAUGUUGAGAAAGGCAUUCACUGAAAAAUCAUUCCAUUAACUCUUAUCAAGCACCAAUGAUUUGAAUGAAAUCUGGAAAGCUCUCUUCCUUUCACCAUUUGACUACAGUCAUGCAGCUGUUAGAAAUUAGGAUACAAGAAAACUCAUGGCCUUAACAGAAUUCGAACACGGAGGAAAAGAAUAUGACGAUAAAUAUCCAGAAGGUAUUCCAACAAGAGUUCAAAUCUUGUUGAAGGAUGGCAAGAAUUUGGAUAGUCAAUUUGUUAUGUUCCCAUCUGGUCAUGCUAGAAACGCUAAUUGUGAUUUAACUGGAAUUCUUUAAAACAAGUUCAAAUAAUUAGGAAGAAUUGCCAUCAAGGACUCCAAAUCAUAAGAUUAAUUCUAUUAACAAUUAAACUCUAUCGAUACCCUCAGCAAUAAGGAAUUGUAAACAAUCUAUAAUUGUGAAAUCAAUUAUGCCUCAAAAUCCAUUGAUGAAUGAUUAAUACAUUAGACACAUAUCAUAACAUAUUAAAAUUUUAUUUUGGUUCA